UGCGUGUCACUGCAUGUACAACACAUACAUACCGAAGGUGUUCCACCGCCUCUGCGGAUCGAUUGUUGCGCGCUGAGUCCGUCCGCCGUCUCUCGACUCCCCGUAGUUUGUUAUGGUGCGCCGUCACCGACGGUUUGUCAGUGAGAGUCGCGAGGCCAAGUGAUGCCGACCGGCUUUCUUCUGCUGCUCUUGGCCGCCCUCGCCGAGGCCUGCCACGGACUCCUGGAGCUGCCCGACACUUCCGGCAUCGACGGACAGCUCACCGCCAACCUCGGCGUCGACCACUUCUUCUCCUUGUGGCUCGUCUUCAACAACGACGACGUCAAGACCUCAGGUGAUCCUUUUACGAUCCUCGCCCCUCAAAAUUCGGCGACGAAGCGUGCCGAGACCCUGCUUCAGCAGCCCGAGCUCGUAAAGAAGCUCCUUCUCGACCAUGUGGUGCUUUCACGUCUCGACCUCACAAACCUCACCUCCGACACGUCGUUUCAAACGCUCGGAGGUCGAACAGUCCACGUCCAUCUCACGAAACCCGAUAAAUUGAAAGCUAAUGACGCCAACAUCGUCCAAAAAGUCGCCGUUCCUAACGGCUUGUUGGUGGUCCUGGACAACUACCUCUUCCCCGAAGAGGAGAAGAAGAAUGCCACGCAGGGGAAACUCGUGGACGUCCCUUUCACCCCGGAGACGCGAAACCAAUCCAAUACGACUUUCGUGGAGAAUGUCAUGGAGGUGCUGUCGUUUCUCAAAAGCGGGGUUAGAGUGUUCCAGCACUUCUUGUCUCGGUCCAACGUGUCGAAGUUGUUGGAGGAUGGGGAGGAGUACACGGUGUUUGUCCCCACGGAUCACGCCUUCCASAGGUGGCAUCCAAUCGAUUGGGGGUUUUACCCGUUUAGUGUGCCCGAGUUUACCGAGAGUAUCAUAAUUAACCACUUCGUCAAGGGGCGGCUUAAGCAGGACACGAUCAAGGAUGGUCAGGUGGUUAAGACGCUGGGGGGACGAGAGAUUGUCUUUAAGAAGACUCCAAACUUAUCGGUGAAUGGGGCCAUGGUCGUCAAAGGGGACACUCCAGUGUCUCGCGGCAAUAUAAUGUUCAUCGGAGAGGUACUCUUCGUGAGCGAAUCAGUUGUCUCAAAGCUGCAUCAGCAACACAGAGACAAGGAGACACCUCCGCUGUUGGCAUUCCCGUGGUUUGGGGCUCAAUUCCUUUCGCAUGCUUUUCUCGCGUUGGAGAGGGAUAAACGUUUCACACAUAUCACGCGGUUUUUGAAUCUGGCUGAUUUAGCACCGCACGUCUCUGGCACAGGAUACACCUUCUUUGUACCCACUGAUACGGCAUUCGAGGAAUUGGGCUUGGAUAAAAUGCCAGACAACUAUUUAUCGACCGGUGACGGCUUGCAAAUCCUUCUCAAUCACUUCGUCAAGGGCCGACUGUAUGACAAAGACUUGAAAGAUGGAACGCUGUUGACGACGCUGGGGAACAAGACGAUAAGCAUAAAGCGCACGAAAGACAAAGUCAAAGUCAACGACGCCGUCAUCGUUGAGAGCGAAGUCUUCGUCUACAACCUCGGCACGAUGUUUUACACGGACAAAGUCUUGUUCACUAAUGCGAACAAUCUUCCUUCGACGAGUACCGAGAGUGUUAAAUUGACUACCGAUACUUUUACCACUGCUUCAGACAUAGAAUCAGUUCCGGACGAGCUUACCGAAGAAUCCGGGGCUUUACCCGACGUGCUUUUUUCUGAUGGGGCAGCGACAACCGACGAAACGUUGCCAACCGAUAAACCCACAACUCAGAACGCAACUAUAAAAUGAACCAUGUUCCUAGACUAAAUGAGACAGUUUUAUCAAUGUGCUGCAAGAUUUUGUCGAAUGAUGUGAUUGUUUUAUUACAUUUUUAUUCUAGAUGUAGCUCUCUUAUCUUAUUUUACACAUUUAUGGCAUGUACGAGGCGUCCGAAAUCUGUGAAACUGAGUGCCUGUAUAAAGUGGCUCAAGGUUGUGGCCUAGGUCAUAAUUUGUACGUGUGGCACCUACUUUAGGUCACUCGUGGCUUCAUUUUUUGGACAUUUCUGUAUAUUUAUUGGCCGACUAUAUAAACAUAGCAACUUUUGUUUGAUCAGUUUUUAGUAUAGAUAAUGUACAAUACUAUGUGUAUAUAGUCAUAAAAUAUUUAUGUAUUUUAGAACAGUAUACAGGGUGUUUUGACGAGAUGAGUUUCUCUUGUCUGAUCAAAAUUUCCUAUAUAGAUUAGCAAAAAAACUGACUGAUGAAUGUUAGAAGAGACAAUUUGCAAAUAUUUUGCGAGUUGAUUUAUAUUUCUAUAAAACUAAUAUUAAAAAAUCUGUUUACGUAUCUAGUAAAUAGAUAUAUGUUGUGUAUUAGAAGCUUUAUAUUUGGGGGUAAUCAAUUGAAAAAAUUGAAUGUUUAGUGAUAGUAAAAACAUUCCAUAGUAGGUGUAAUGUUUAUUCAUUUGUAUAAAAGUCAAUUGUUAUUUUAAUACAGAAUACUGUAAGAAUA